CCGAGAACUGACCCGGGCGGGCAUCGCUACUAACAUUUGCUACAACCAUUUUGCUUUUCUUCUUUUCCGCGUUGUUUCAAAAGCUAACGUGAGCAGCUCAGGCUCCGACGUCUUAGGUUUCCAACUUAUUUUUCUUACAUUUCCGACAUCAACGAUGUUUCACUGGAAGAAGUUCGACGUAGUUUUGCCUUUUGUUUUGUUUUUAUUUUGGUUAAUCUAUCAUCUUUCCUGCCGCAAAACCCGAUAUUACAUCAGCGUCUCAACAGUAAUCACUUACUUCAUGAGGAAGAUUAAGGCCUUGGCCAUCAAGAUCUGGUCCCAGUUUAGGAGAAACCCAACUGAGUGCCUGGGAGUUCUAUUUCAGCUAGAAAUCGCAGCUUUAACUAGCUUGUUGCCUACUGAACCACAUUUAUGGACCGUUAGAUUGAUAGAAAGCAUUGCUAUAUUUGCCAUUCUCUCUUACUGCUUUAAGGUCUUUGUGGAAAUGAAGAGAGCUCAACUUACUCCAACAUUACACUAUGUUAAUACGAGGAACAAUGAAAGGGUUUGUUUUUUCACCAUAACUCAUGGUUUGGAAUUCCUACUUCCUUUGUUAUAUCUUCUACUAGCUUAUGCCUAUUUUAAGGAGCUUCAUUUAGAAAAUCAUCACAUGAAAAAUGAUUGGAAAAUGGCUGCAUCUGCCAUAAAGAUGUUCAUCGAUAUAUUAAGCGGCCUGUUAGCAGUCAUGGGUGCCUGUAAAGUGUAUUAUUGGACACGUAAUGAGCAGAAUCAGUUACUUCCAGUUAGUAUGACCCACAACAUUCCACGCAAUUGGAAUGAAAGAAUUCUGGCGUCUGGUGUGUUACCAAGGGAUGCACAGUAUCAAAAUGUUGCAAAUUUCAGUGAUGCAGUAGUGCAGAGGCAUGCUGAAAAUCAAUCUGUUGCGGGUGCUACUGCUAGUGUACGGGAUUCAGAGAAUCAGCCGAAUGCAGAUCCACCAGAAGUCAUACAGAGGGAUGAUGCGGAAAAUCAGACACAGGCUCAUGCAGAUGUACCAGAAGCGGCAGUGCAGGAAUGCUGAGAAACGAUCUUCCAGAUGUGUUUGCUGGUACUGAUUUUUUAAAAAUUUGGUUACAGCAUCUCGCUUUCCUCUUGCUAACUGGAUGAAUUUAUAUAUGUGUAAGUAAUUUCCCUUAUACUUGAUACUACAACAACAGAAAGGUGUUUGAUUGAUACGUUUUGGAACCCGGCCUGUAUAUGUCAUUUAUACUCUGUUUAAACGAAAUUAAGGGUCCAGUCUGGGUCAGGAUGAUUGUAUUUGUCGUAGUCUUGCGUGUUGCGCGCUGCAAGACAAUCUGUACUGUAACAUAGAUUGUCCUGUUUUGGAAACCUAUGAUGUUCGACUCCAUAUAUUCCAACUGUUUAUGGCUA